CCUUGUUCCAGAAGGAACAAACAGGGACCAUAUGAGGGGAAAAGAUGGGGGAAGCAUAUAGACUGAUGAAACCCUAGAUCAAAAAUCCAGACUUUGAAUCAAAGCAGAGAUGCAUCCACUUGUUCCGCCCCAGAUCGUAGGUAGUAGAAGAUCGGUUGAACGCGAUUGCAGAUUGAAUGAGCGAAGCAGGUCGAUAGGAAAUAUGGAAAUCGCGAUUGCUGAAGACCCAUCAGGAAGAGCAUCAAACAGCAGUUCCUGAGAGACCAGCGAUGGGAGUACCUGAUACAUUUACUCGAGAAGAAACCAGUAUACCAACUUCAAUUACUUGGAGAAGGAGUAGAGCAAUUUCUGGACCAGACUCCAGGUUAGCUCCAUGGAAUGAAAGCGCUAUGAACAGAGAACUGCGUCAGGCAAAGGAACAAGGAGGCAUCUGCAUCUUCUACCCAUCAGAAGGAACAACAUCCAAUAGCUGCGAAGAAGCAAAAGAUUUCUACAACCUGUACUCGUGGGAAGUGGGGUUUGGAAUUCGGUAUGGUAAAAGCCGCAAGAACAGCAACGGAUAUAGAAUAAAACAGGAGCUGGUGUGCUCUUGCGAGGGUGAAUCAAGGGCAACAAGCACAUCAACUUGCCGAACUGGUUGCAAGGCAAUGAUAAGAUUACUUCCGCCUGACCAUGGCUGGUAUAUAAGCAAAUUCGAGGAAAAACAUAACCACAACCUGUCUCAAAGUUAUGCCGAGAACAAGCAGUGGAACUCGCACAGCCAGAUUGAUCCAAUAACAAAAGAUUUCAUAAAGAAGCUGCGGGAGAACAAUGUAAGUAUAGGAAGAGUUUGCAGCAUCCUGGGUGUUUCUAAUGGCAUGAGCGAAGCACCACUGAGAAAGGAAAUUGUGAGAAGUGUAUGUGCGAAACUAGCGCAAGAGAACAUGCGCAAUGACCUCGGAAAAACACUUGACAUACUACAAAAGAUGAGAGAAAGAGAUCCAGAGAUGGUUGUGAGGUUCCAGGUAGAUAGUGAGGGACGGCUACAAUCAAUGUUAUGGUGCACUGGGAGAAAUAAAAGGGACUAUCAUAACUUUGGAGAUGCCAUUACGUUUGACACAACCUAUCGUACUAACCUGUACAAGCUACCAUUCGGGCUGUUCGUUGGAGUGAACAACCAUUUUCAGUCUAUCAUAUUCGGUGGUGUACUAUUAACCACAGAAACGACAGAGGACUCUGAGUGGGCAUUUUCAACAUUUGUGGAAAUAAUGGGAGACAAGUACCCCAAGACCAUACUGACACGUAAAACCAAUGAAUUAUGACAUAUCAACUAAAGAAUUGCUAAUAUAUUAUUCAUGUGCAAUAUGGUGAAACAUUAAUUUACCUUUUGAUUGUUGAAAGUACCCAAUGCAGUUCAAACAGAUAUGAUAGAAACAUAUAUUAACCUAACAUCCUUUUUAACUAAAAUGUGCAGAUCAAUGCGCAGCAAUGGCUAAAGCAAUAAAGGCACGCCUUCCUCAAACACGGCACCGGUGGUGCCACUGGCAUGUACUGAAAAACUGCAAAGAGAAACUAGGAAAUGUGUACUCAAAAUACAGUGGCUUCAAGAAAGCUUUCAAGAAACUGGUUACAUAUGUACUCAAAAUGUGUACUCCUCUGAGAUGCAAUGGCACGGACUUGUCACAAGUUACAAACUACAAAAGAACAAGUUCAUGACUCGGCUAUUCAAGUACAGGGGGAAAUGGGCAAGACCAUACUUUAUGGGUGUCUUCUGUGCCGGAAUGACAAGCACAAAAAGGAGUGAAAGCGCAAACCACAUGCUUAAGAAAGUAAUUCAGCGAGCUGCCCCAAUGCACCUGUUUGUCAGCAAAUUUAACGAACUCCAGAGCAACCGUCCCAAAACUGUAACCCAAAUGGUGGAAUAGGAUCAGCAUGCCCAAGGGCAAUAUUUUAAAUACCUGAACAAUUACAAAAUAAGAUGCAACAACAUCAACAUCAGUAGUUGUUGAAUACCAACGUGCAUGAGUAAACAGCAGAUGCAGAAUCCAAGCAUCUGAAGGGUUAUUGCAUUAGCCAGAUUAAUAUAAACAUAAAUAUAGCGAAAAGAAUAAAGAAAAUAUAUAAUAAGUCCAGAAUCUGGCUGGUUGGCCGCAAGAGAAAUACCGGAUGACAGAUAGGAGCAGAGGUGAUUGUGGAUCAUCAAAACAAGGACCAUCAUCCCAAAUCAUUUGCAAGGCUGACAAGCAUCUUGAAAACACAGACCCUGAGUAUAAAAUAUAAGAAAUAAGUAGGCAUAGUUUUCAACCUCUACAUCACACAAGCUGUUAAGAUUGAUCGGGGGAAAAGGCAGCAUUGCUAACCAGAUCAGUCCUUUUCAGGU